GACAACCAUGAGAUCAACAACCGUCAUAAGGCUACAGCCACUGCCAGCCAUGUCUUGCCUCUAACACAAAAAAUACUGUUUUUAGCAUUUUAACGAGCACACCGAGAGCAUACUUUGCUGCUCUUUUUUUUAAGCCUACCAGCUAAAUUUUUCUAGAGAUAAAAAGCGUCAUUUUUUUUUUUUUUUUUUUAAUAAGAAGGAGAGAAGAUGUCUUCCCCCGCGCAGGAGAGGAGCAGGUCUGGCGUUCAGCUGCUGAGCGCGGCGCUGCCGCUGCUGCUGCUCUCGCUCUCCGGUUGUUCAAGCAUGGAUGUGACCGUGCCCAGUAACCUCAAUGCACUGAACGGAACAACUGUCAAAAUCACCUGCAUAUUUACUUCCUGCUAUAGGAUGGAUGAGACAAAGUUUGCCAUGAACUGGACCUACCAAGAGUCACUCAACGAUACGGAAGAGAUGUUUAUGACAUACUCUAGGAAAAAAGGAAUGGUGGCUCUGAGUUCAAACCGCUUUGGAGAGAGGGUCAAGUUUGCCGGGAACCUGGUUAAGAACGACCUGUCAAUUACCCUAUCAGAUGUUCAGCUGGAGGAUGAGGGGGUUUACAACUGCUAUGUGAGAAACCCCCCUGACCGCAUCCAGGGACAGGGUGUCAUACAGUUCAAUGUUGUUACCGAACUUCCCCCUCCGAGGGAUUCAACCAUCGCAGUCGCGAUUGGGGCGUCGGUGGGUGGAGCAUUAGCUCUUCUGAUCCUUUCCAUGGUUGUAGUGAAAUGUCUUCGUCGACACCGGAAACAGGAACUGAUUUCGGAGGAGAAGAUGGAGGAGGAGGGAAAACUGGAGGCUGAAGGUGUAGGAGAGGAGGGAACCAAACAACCAUAGCCGGGUCAUCUGAUAGAACCAGCGGCCUGUGGAGCCCUUACACCCAACACUUCCUCUGACAUGCGCACCCCCCUUCCUGAAGAUCUAUAGUAACCACUGCUUGAGUUAUCAUCCACUGAUACUUCCAUCCCUUCUGGAUCUGUGUGUGCACGCAAGUGUGCUUCUUUGUGUGGGUGUGUGUGUGGGUGGGUGUGUGUGUGUGUGUAGUGAAUGUGUCUAUGUGUGCGUGAGUAUUUCUACGUGUCUGCGUGAGAUAUGUCUUUUUCCUUGAAAUAAGCCAGGGAACCCUUUUCUGCAACUUACCCACUAACCACAUAUAACAUUAUUCAUAGCUACAAAUAAAUAUGAGUGUCAUUAGAAGUCUAUUUCAUGAUAAGAAAUGGCAUUUUCAUAGCACACUAUACAACAGGCUAGGGCUGGGCGGUAUGACCUAAAAUUUAUACCACAGUGUAGUUUGAAUAUCGGACAGUAACAAUAUCACAGUAUGUAAUUGUAUUGCCUUUAGUUAAAUCUAUUAUUAAUUAACUAUCAGGGAAGAUAACAGCGAUUGGGGAGGCAGAGUUUCAUACCUGAUGGAAGUCUAAAGCUUAUUACAUUACAAGGUCGUGUAUAUAUCUUUUGUGUCCACUGUCUCCCAACAGUCACAGUCCAACUUUGGGAUUUUGUUUUAAGUGAAAUGCUUUGGUUUAACAUACUGCGAACUCAGCGUUAUUUCAGCAUUGCCUUAAAGCCACAUCUCUCAGCUGCCUGUAUGGGCACCAUGUCUUAACAUAGAUGCACAGUUAGUGCAAUGUUCUUCCACCGCUGGCUUUUCUUAUCAUACAGACAAGUAAUAGUCAGUAACUCAGCCAAAUGAUGUCUGUAUGUCUCAAUUAUGUCUACUUGUGCCUGAGCUGGAAAGCAUUCUCAAACAUUCCUCAUACCUGUGGAGGUUUUUAUUAUCUUUUUAAGCCUUUUUCACAGCAGACAUUUUGACUUGUCAUAGUAGAAAUAUCACAGGUGUUGCUGAUCACAUCAACAAUGGCUCUGUUCUAUUAAAGCAUCCCAGGAAGUCAAGACUGUAGCUGUGUCAGAAAUGUAUGCCUAUUAAUUAUAUAGUGCAUUAUAUUUCACCCUCCGCCAUUUUUUAUGUAAAAUAUAAGCACUAUAAUAUGGUUCCCGCACAAUAGAACAAAGAAAGCAGUGUCCAUUGCCAUGUACACUACUUGAAUGUCUAUUAUAUGGGCAGAGUAUUGCAUGAAUGAACAAAGAAGCAAUUUCAGACAGGCAGAGUGACAAUGAGCCAGCACAAACAAUACCAGGACCCUGAAACUGAAGCAGCUAAAUCGAAGUCAGCCAUCAUUCAUGUUAUUAUUUACACCGGUGCUUUUUCUACUGUCACAUGUCUUCUGUUUUGUUUUCUAGUAAUCUCUGUUUCUUUUGAUUCUGCAUCUGUCUUCUGUCUGGUUUCAUUUCUUCAUCCACUUUCUGUUGCAUGCAAAAGUGUUUUGUGCGUGUGUAAAUGGGAAGAGGUAUUCUCAUGUUUUUAUUGGACAAUACCUAACAACUGCGCUGGUUAACACGCGAUGGGUUGCAGUGAUGCUUUCUGAGUCCUUUAUGUGACUUUACAGCUAAAAUGAAUUCUGUACUAUUAGAAACAGCAUAGCCAAGUCUUUAUAUUGCUAAUGUAUGUCAUUACUGGUUAUACCGUCCACCCCUAUGACAGAGACUUCUGCAUCCUGGCCUUGAGGAAUGACAUGUUAGUAUGCCUGUAUACAGAGGUUCUAAUAGUUCAGUAACAAUAUGCAUAGGGUUAAAUGAGUCUUAGUAUUAGACCACACAUACUUACAAUAUCUGUAACUGUAAUACAGUGUACAAUUAUUUGCACAUACUGCAUAGGAAAAAAUUGUCAGUGACAAUGUUGAGCUUUCCUCUCAGAAUGAAACUAAUACUGUGGGAGAACUAUGUGGUUAGAGAUAAAGUGAAUUAUUGUUGACACCAAUUUUGUCAAAACUCAAAAACAUAUCAAAGACAAUUUUAAGUGAACAACUCACAUUGCACCCACAAUCACGUAAUUCAGGUUGGUGCCAACCAACACUGCCAGCCACAUGACGACACAAAUACGCAGCCAUAUACGUAGUUACUCUUACCAUGACCAAUAUUCCACAAAGAUAAGAGUUCCCAUUUAUAAACAGUAAUACAGGAAAUAAUACCAAAUGAUCCAAAUGAAAAUAUAAGAUGCUUAAAUUCAUGACUGACAGGGAAGAGCUUACUGACAAACUUUUGGUUUGGUUAGUGUCUAACUAUUAAUUGACGUUAUCCACCAAAACAGGUAGAAUUUAUUAUUUUUGGCAGCUGAAGCAUGUACAGUGUACUAUACCGCCAUGAAUGCAUAUCAAAAUGAAAAAUGUUAUAAUAAAGUAAGAAACUUAGUUCUGUUCUGUUAAGUCUCCCAGAGUCAGUCAAAGCAUGUUUGAGCUUUCACCUAUGUAGCAAUCAGGUGGCGCCAUUUAUCAAAUAUUAUAAUACCUGGAUUUUAUUUUGAUCUUAUUUUGAUAAAUGCAUAUAUAUUUUGCUUGCAUACGUAAUUUAUAGUGUCAGAGGUAUUUGGUUGCACUUUGGUGAGUUUUGUCUGCCUCCUGUAGAAUACCGAGAAACAAUUAAACUUUCAAUAUUUCAUAUGGAAACAAGAACUUCCAUACAGACUCUUAUAAUCUGUUGUUUUUUAUUCCAACUCCAACUGGAGCCCUGUUUUAUAGAGAUUUAAAAAAAAAAAUCUUUGAGCGAUUGCACUUCAAUACAAACACUUUUUAGUGUGUAUUUUAAAAACAGAUUAAUAUAGAAAAAAGUUUGAAAAGUUUGAAAACGUACAUCCUAUCUCUGUGUCUCCAAAGUAAUGCCUUUACCUCAACAGUGGUGUUUAAAACUGUAGAUACUGUUUUGCACAUUAACACAUUUAUACCAAUUCUAAUAUAAUCAUAGUGGAGAGCAUGCGGAUAUCACGAAACAUAGGGGAACAUAUAAAGCUCACUUUAUUAAGAUGGUAUAUGGGAAUGUGUGGCUGGGCACAUGGCAUGGUGAUUGUAUGGUUAAAUGGGAAAUGUAUUGGUAGUGACUUGAUUUGACAAUUUAUUUGGUUGCACCCUAAAUGUCAAAAAAUGUAUAUCUUAAUAGGAUACCUGAUCACUAUUUAAUGUCAAUUGUACAUGUUACAGCAUGUGAGAUUAGUUAAUCUCUGAAUGUCCUCUGAUGUUUUAACUAUGAUAACAGGGAAGCAGUGUCACAAAGUGGUGUCUCUGAUACCUGUAAUGUCUCAAGCUGCUUAGCUGUGUUAUCCAGUUAUUGGAGUGUGGUUAGUGCUGCCAAAUGUGGUGGCCUGGCUAGUCCUGGUUUCUGACAUUGUUAAAAAAAAAAAAAAUGUACAGGGUCUGUGUUUAGACACAUUUACUUAUUUAAUAUUAUUUCUGAUUUUGUCAUUUAUGUUUUCUAAAGUCAUGGGUGACGUAUUCUGUGAACUAUUUCUCGAACUAUCAAAACCACAUCACAGUAAUAUAAUAUUCACAAUUAUGUGUUGCUCUGUGAUGAUCAAUAAAGCAAAUAUUGUCAUUUAAUACAAUCAUGCUGUGAAGAACAACAAUAAAAUGGUGAUUUAUCCAUAAAAUAGUGGACAAAAUGCAGAGUUGUCUGGUUGGGAGAGCUCUGGUUCUGUCACAUUUCCUGGGACAUUGCUGUAUGUGUGUGGUCAUGCAUGUUUAGGUUGCAGGGUUUUUGUGUGUGUUUGACCCAUACAGUAAGGUGAUGACAGGUUAACAUUUGGGGCAAAUUUAGUGCCGUUUUUACCAGGAAAUUUUUAUUGGCAAUAUUAAGCAACACACCUGCAUUACUGUAUAUUGUAUAUUCUGUAUUUCUCAAUCAGAAUCAAAUAAACAAAUAAAAUCUUGAAUACUGUAUAAUGUACAAGACAGAUUUAUCAUUGUGCAUCACUGUCCCCCCCCCCGGCUAUGAGUUUGCCCUGAAUAAUUGCUCUUGUAUCACUUUAAAUGUUAGUGAACACCAAACUAAUGCUUGCACUGUGCUGUCUCUGAACAAGCAGCUGUCAUUACAUUAUGUAUUUUAAAUAAAGAUGAUUUAGGAAAAUGUCA